UCAAACAAGUUAGUUCGAUCCAUGAAUUCCAGACCUUCAGCCAAAAAAAUAUAGUAAAAAUACAGAAUUUUCAUAAAUUGUUGAAUAUUAGAAAUAGUUGUUCCUUUUUCAUAACAAUUGCGACCAAAGAAUCCCAGCAAUUCGCAGUUUUCUUAAUGUCUUGAUUUGAAUUAUUUUAUUCUAUUAUUUUUUAUUCUAGAUUUUGAAGAAUCAAUUUUAAUAAAUCAAUUCAAACAGCAUUCACUUUUAAUCCAAAACUGGAAUACAGCUUCUAGUUAAUCAGAUAACCCAUCUCCAGUUUGCUAUAGAAACGAAGAGAAACGGUUAAAGUUAAUUCCCAUUCAGUCGAAAGAUAAAAGAUUGACAAUGUUUUUUUAGUCGUUUUUUUUUUUGUCAAUAGACAGAAAUGUGAAGACGUAAGAGCGUGCGUCACAUAAUAAUCUGAUAGUAUACAAUAAAUCAGUCAGUGUGACCCCAGACGAAAGCUAUCCAGCAUGUAUGAGGGAAUAAAGUACGGAGUGCGCAAGAACGCAAACAGAAGGGACAUGCGCCCCCCGAUUUUUUUUCUUUCAAUUCAUUUUCAGGUGUUCUACGAUUUAUUUCAUGAGGGAUAUCAGUACAUUCGGAGCCGUGGAUUCCUCCAAUAGUCUGAGUAACGAGUACUGUAAAUAAGUGUUGAUAAAAGGUGUAUUCCGAUCACCUGUCUGUCAAUUGAUCUAGCAAUUUGGGUUGAAGUAUUUCGAUGACAGCGCGACAUUGACGGGGGUGAAAUAUCAUUGACAAGUGAUUAACGGUCCAGUUGAUUAAUCAUUACUAAUCAAUGAGUGGCUUGAGAUGAUCUAUAUGUGAGAGUAUUCUGAUUAAUAAGAAUAUUUAUUAAUAAACCAUCAUUUUUGCUGUUGAAGAGCAAUCUAAAGGAGGGUGCAUGCUGAGGGUGAAGAAUCACCGAAAGUGCCGCCGGCAAAACUGGAUAAAUCGUUUGUUACCUAUGCUUUGUAAGCCGAUUUCCACACACACCGUAACCUUGAGCAAUAUCCAAGGGCUAAAGGGUUGGCCCCGUCGUUGGAUCCACACGAGCAGCACAAGUUACAUUUAGAUCAGCCAUGUCCGACAAAAACGAUAACAUUCUACUCUCCGAGUCGAAGUCAACGCAUCCAGAAGACAUCCACCAGAGGAACAACAACUGCCCGAAUGGGACAUCCGAUUCCAUCAGUAGAUCCAACAACAACGAUAGGCCCAAGCCACGAAAGGAGGGUCUCUACGCAAAAAAGGAUAGCCCAAGGAAAGGACCAACAUCGCCAGAGAGAAAGGAGGAUGGCUCGAGCAAAAGCUCGGGAAUCGGUCGGGACUCGACACUGGCCUUGAGUAUAGAUCCAACGAGUCUUGAGUCCCUUCCUCCAGACAAAAACGAGAGCGAAUACGAGUCGUGGUUGACACUGGCGAGUCCUCCAGUGGAGCGACCCCAGGGAAUUUACAAUGGAAGACACGACAGGGACUCGAUCGACUCCAGCACGAUGGAUGUUGUCUUCCAGAAGGAUCUCAAGGAUAAGGAGGAGAAGUCCAAGGUGCCAGAUGGUGGAUGGGGUUGGAUGGUUGUCCUUGCAUCUCUGGUGAUCUCUAUGAUUGCCGAUGGUGUAUCCUUCAGCUUUGGUCUCCUUUACAUCGAAUUUCUCAAUGCAUUUGGCGAGUCCAAGGCGAAAACAGCCUGGAUUGGUUCUCUCUUCAUGGCUGUUCCUCUACUAUCAGGACCUGUUAUGUCCGCUCUGGUUGACAGAUACGGUUGCAGAAGGAUGACUAUCCUCGGUGGACUAAUUUCAGGUCUUGGGUUUGUUCUCAGCUGGCAGGCUAAUUCCAUUGAGGUAAUGUAUUUGACUUUUGGGCUGCUUGCUGGGCUGGGACUGGGUCUGUGCUACGUAACUGCGGUCGUCAGUAUUGCAUACUGGUUUGAUAAAAAACGUACACUGGCUGUUGGCCUUGGGGCAUGUGGCUCUGGAAUUGGUACAUUUGUUUACGCACCGAUGACCACUUUCUUCAUUGAUGAGUAUGGCUGGAGGGGCACUUGUUUGUUAUUAGCGGGAACUUUCUUCAAUCUUAUUGUUUGUGGAACUGUUAUGCGGGAUCCUGAGUGGUGGCUCAUCGAGCAGAGCAAGGAGAAGGGAUUUGGAACUCCAAGGAAGAGUCUUGCUAGGUCUGAAGGGGGUAGGUCAUACUCUGCUAUCAGUACUGAGGACUUUCCUGGUGUUGAGGAGCUUCGGAGGCUGCUCAAGAGUGGAAAGGCUCCUGAGUAUUUACUUCAGAGCUUGAGGACCAGCACUGAGGUACCUGCUGCCAAUCAACAACCUGGAGUCGGCUUCAGGAGUGUUGUUAAUCUUCCCACUUUUGUUAAGCAGAGCGAAAAGGUACCUCUGGAGGUACUGGAGUCACUCUCGGGUAACUCGAGACUCUACAACGUCAUCCUCGAGAAUUACCCUAGUCUUCUGCUGUGCAGAAGUCUCUCAGAUAAGAAACUCGAUGAUCAAACGACUGAUGCCAAUAAGACUGGAGUUACCAUGUCCAUGAGGUUACACAAUUGGAUUAAACAAGCGACUGAUAAGUCACCACCUCAGCCAGUGGUUACGAAAGAGCUGAGGGAAUCUCGGCCAGGGUCCACUCAUGCCUCCACGAGGGUUCUGGCCCAGAGGAGAAUGUCCAAGAAGGAUCUGGAACUGGCCAACCCACUGUUGGCGAAGGAAUUGGCACAAGCUAUAGCAGAGGCGGAAAAAACGAAGAGCAAUUCGAAGCACCAUCUUCCUGGGUUCGGUGGAGGUGUCGUGAGAACUGAUUCCCUUCCCUGGCUCAGACGACAGUUCAAUACGAAUACUCAUUACUUCAAGGACAUACGAGUCCACAGGAAUUCGCUGAUGUACCGAGGGGCUGUGAUGAACCUCCACAAGUACAGGCUGAGAGCCAGCAGCUGUCCCAAUAUCUACAGGAACAGUAUGACGACCUUGGCCAAGGAGAACGAAGAAAAGUGGUACAGCGAGCUGGUGGAUCUGCUGAAGGGCAUGAUGGAUUUUUCGAUGUUCCUGGAGCUCCACUUCUUACUCCUCUCGUUAUCAACGAUUCUCUUGUUUACGUGGUUUAUCGUGCCUUAUUUUUACCUCGCUGAGCAUCUCACGAGAAAUGGAUACUCAGAGGCUGAUGGUGCUCGACUACUUAGUAUUAUUGGAAUUACCAAUACUAUAGGGAUGAUUGGUCUAGGCUGGGCAGGUGACCAGCCUUGGAUGAACGUCAGCAAGACCUACACUUUUUGUCUGAUAGCCUGUGGAAUUGCUACGAUAUUAAUGUCGGUAUUCACUCACCACUACACCCUCCUCAUGAUAACAACCGCCUUCUUCGGUUUGUUCUUCGCCAGCAACUUCAGCUUCACUCCGGUGAUCCUCGUGGAGCUCAUACCCCUAGAAAGAUUCACCACAGCCUAUGGAUUGAGUCUUCUCUGUCAGGGAAUCGGUAAUUUAAUUGGUCCUCCUCUGGCUGGUCUCAUGUUCGAUAUCACCCAGUCCUGGGAGCUGUCGUUCCUUCUAGCUGGGGGAUGGAUCAUCGUGUCUGGUCUUCUCAUGGGGAUGAUACCCUGCACGAAGAAUAGAAAAUUGUGGGGCAGUGGCCCCAUGGAGAUGGAUAAAAUCGGGGAAAGGGAGUGCGAUACUUAGACCGAUAAUUCAGUUGUUGAUUUUUUAUUUACUAAUACUCGUUUAUUUUAAGGAUAUCCAAGUG